AUGGUUGGGUCAUGCUUUCGCAUCAUGUGCUGCUGGCUCGUGCUGAUGACGGUUUCAGGCGGGAUCUCCGGGCUGCGGGACGCGCGCGACGGGCGGACCGAGCGGCGGGCGGGCGCCGUCUCGACGACGCCGUCCUUCGAGCGGCCCGCCGAGCGCGCCGCGAAGGACGCCGCCGGCUCCGCCUCGAUCGCCGGCGGCGGGAGCGGAGACGCGGCCGGGGCGCGCGGCGACGCGCGGGACGAGGCGCUGGGCGCCGUCUCGACGACGCCGUCCUUCGAGCGGCCCCCCGAGCGCGCCGCGAAGGACGACUUCGGCUCCGCCUCGCCGAUGGGCGCCGUCGAGACGUCGUCCUUCGAGCGGCCCGCCGAGCGCGCCGCGAAGGACGACUUCGGCUCCGCCUCGAUCGACGGCGGCGGGAGCGGAGCCCCGGCCGGGGCGCGCGGCGACGAGGAGCUACAGCUAGUACAGCGGCUAUUGUACAGCAGCUACAGCUACUUCUAUAGCUUCCUCAACGAGGACGACGAGGACGACGAGGAGGUCCAGGAGGACGACGGGUACAGCAGCUACAGCUACAGCAGCUACAGCUACUUCUAUAGCUACCUCGACGAGGAGGACGACGGGUCGUGCCCAUCGACGGGCUGCGCUGGGAACUCAUGUGACUACUGGACGGGCUACACGUGCGCGGACCUCGAGUCGUACGGCUGCAACUGCUACGGGUGCACGUGCGCGAACGACUACACGCCCGGUGACGACUCCUCGAACGCGACGCACCCUACACCUUCGCUCACGGCCGCACCUUCGGUCACGGCCGCACCGUCCGAGAACUGCCUCGACGUCGUGAUGAGCGACUCCUACGGCGACGGCUGGCAGGGCGCGGUGUUGACCGUGAGUGACACCAGCGACACAGUCUUCUUCACGGGACGGGUCGACCACGGGUCGCUGCAGUCGGAGCGGCUCUGCCUCGAAGACGGCUGCUACCUGGCGAGCGUAAGCGAAGACGACUACCCGUUUGAAGUCAGCUUCGCCAUCGACGGCCACGAGGGCGACGGCGCUCCCUACGGCCCCACCGCAUUCUUCGUGUCCGGCGGCGCCGUCGUCGACUGGGGCUCUUUAUUCAGCGCGCCCGCGUACGGCGACCUCGACGGCGACGGCGACCUCGACCUCGUCGUGGGCGAAGAGAACGGCGACCUUUCCUACUACAAGAACGUCGGGUCCGCGGCGUCGCCGAGCUACAUGUUCUUCUUCGACAGCGCGAACCCAUUCGACGGCAUCAACGUCCCUUCCAAGAGCAUGCCCGCUCUCGGCGACAUCGACGGCGACGGCGAUCUCGACCUCGUCGUGGGGUACACACAUACGAGCCCCUUCCACAUGAUCGACGACGCCGAUGGCGCUAAAGGAUCGUACAGCACGCCCGCGUUUGUUGACAUCGACAGCGACGGCGAUCUGGACCUCGUCGUGGGCCAAUUGGACGGCCUCUACUACUACGAGAACGUUGGGUCCGUGAGGUCGCCGAGCUACGAGGCCGUCACCGGCAGCGCGAGCCCCUUCGACGGCAUUGGCAACAACGGUAAAGUUAUGUUCACGUUCGGCGACAUCGACGGCGACGGCGACCUCGAUUUCGUCGUGGGCAAAAGCGACGGCGUUCUCAACUACUACGAGAACGUCGGGUCCGCGGCGGCGCCGAGCUACGAGGCCAGGACCGGCGGCGCGAGCCCCUUCAACGACAUCAUCAUCGCUGUAGAAGACGAGGAGGCUCAUGGCAACGUCGCACCCACACUCGUCGACCUGGACGGCGACGGCAACCUCGGUCUCGUCGUGGGCAACAUGGACGGCACCCUCAACUACUACGAGAACGUCCGGUCCGCGGCGGCGCCGAGCUACGUGGCCGUCACCGGCAGCGCGAGCCCCUUCGACGGCAUCGAGUUUGUUGGUGCUUUCAGCGUGUCGGCGCUCGGCGACCUCGAUGGCGACGGGGACCUCGACCUCGUUGUGGGUGAAGAGGACGGCGACCUCUACUACUGCGAGAACGUCGGGUCCGCGACGUCGCCGACCUACGCGGCCGAAUGCACCGUCAUCGGGGGCAUUGAUGUUGGUGGCGAAUCUAAGCCCGCGCUCGCCGACGUCAACGGCGACGGACUCCUCGACCUCCUCGUGGGCGAUCGCUUUGGCGGCCUCAACUACUACGAGAACGUCGGGUCCGCCGCGUCGCCGAGCUACGAGGCCAGGACCGGCAGCGCGAGCCCCUUCUAUGGCCAUGGCUACGGCGACGACGACGGUGGCGGCAGCGACGACGACGGUGGCGGCAGCGGCUUGUGUGAAUCGACGUGCUACAGCAACACGUGCGACUACUGGACGGGAAACACGUGCGCGGAGCUCGAGUCGGACUACGGCUGCGACUGCUCUGGAUGCGCGUGCACUGCCACUGGCGGCGGCGACGACUACUACUACUACUACUACUACGACGACGACGACGGCGGAGACGAUGAUGACGACGGCAGUGGCAGUGACGAUAGCUCCAUAGGCACCGCGCCCGAGUUCGGCGACAUCGACGGCGACGGCGACCUCGACGUCGUCGUGGGCAAAGAAGACGGCACCCUCUACUACUACGAGAACGUCGGGUCUGCGGCGUCGGCGAGCUACGCGGCCGUCAAUGGCACCGCGAACCCCUUCGACGGCAUCGACGUCGGUACCUACAGCUCGCCCGCGUUAGUCGACCUCGACGGCGACGGCGACCUCGACCUCGUCGUGGGCGACCGAGCCGGCACCCUCAGCUACUACGAGAACGUCGGGUCCGCGGUUUUGCCGAGCUACGAGGCCGUCACCGGCAGCGCGAGCCCCUUCUUCAUCGACGGUGAGCCCAUCGACGUUGGUAUUUUCAGCGCGCCCGCGCUCGCCGACCUCGACGGCGACGGCGACCUCGACCUCGUCGUUGGCGCCACGGGCUGCUACUCGUGCCUCGAAGACUACUACUUCUCGCCGUUCGCCGUCGAGCUCGAUGACGGCGAAUCCGUCCCGUGCGACAACUCGACCGCUCUCGCCGCGAGCUGCGCGAGCGACAGCACCAAGUGCUUCGACCAGUGCUGUCUGAGCUGCGAACGCGGCAUGGACUGCGAGAACGCGACGUCCAACACGCUGACCGCGGUGCCCAUCGAGGACGGCUGGUGGCGCGCGUCCAGCUACUCCGACGAAGUCUACCAGUGCCAGUACUCCGGAGCGUGCAAGGAUGACGCGCUGCCGUGGACGCUCCCCAUGGUGUCGUUUCCCAAGGCCUUCGAGGCGCUCAUCGCCUGGACGUCGUUCUUGGAAUUCAACAUCAUCCAGAUUCUGCCAAUCGCCUGUCUGCGCCCCUUCAAUUUCUUCGACAAGCUGCUCGCAAUGACGAUCCUCCCUAUUGUCUUCUCGCUACUGAUCUUUUUGGUUGGCGAGCUCGCCGCGAUGUGCGCGACCACCAAAAAGGCGAAAUCGAUUCGGAGCACAUCGUUCGGAGCCUUCAUCCUGCUCACAUUUGUCGUGUUCCCCAGCGUGUCCACGACGGUGUUGCGCUUCUACAACUGCGUGAGCUACGAGGAAGGCUUCUCGGACGGCUCGACGGAGACGAUCGAGGUGCUCGAGGCGGACCACGACAUCUCGUGCACGUCGCCGAGCUACAAGGGCAUCUGGUCCACCUACGCGCUGGCCAUGCUCUUCGUGUACCCCGUCGGAAUACCGCUUCUUUACUUUGUCGAGCUCUUCCGGUACGAGCCGCGCUGCUACCAGUUCGUGGUCUUCGAGUGCGUCCGCAAGCUGGCGCUCACGGGCCUGCUAAUUUUUAUGUACCCGGGCAGCGGGUCGCAGAUAGCCCUAGGCCUCCUCAUCGCGUUCCUUUCGAUGCAGGUCUACACGUACAGCCGUCCCUACAUCGAAGACGCCGACGACAACGUGUCAAACGUGGGCAACGCGCAGAUCAUCCUCGUGUUCAUCGCGUCGCUGAUGCUGUUCAUCAAGGACAUGGACGAGCAGGACGGCGCGCCCGGUGAUAUGUUCAAAGGUCCGAUUUUUAGCUACGCCAUGAUCGUCAUCGGGACCCUCGUGCUCGUCGCGACAAUUUACACGAUCCUCGUCGAGACCUGCGAGGAAGCCGUGGACGACGAGGCCCCGGCCUUGCCUGCAGCCUGGCACGCCGCUUCCUCGUCCGCGGCCUAA